AUGAGGAGGAUAGCGCUAAAUGGAGUACUCGUUUUUACAGCCCUACUGCCUUUCGUGUUACCGAGUUUCGACGAGUAUCGACUCUUGCAGUAUCUUAAAGAGAACUAUGAUCACUUUGAACGACCGGUAGAGAACAGCUCACACGCACUUGACGUGAAAGUGCGAUUUCUUCUCAACCAGAUCCUUGACGUGGACGAAAAGAACCAAGUGAUGUCAAUUCUUGCAUAUAUCGACUUUCACUGGAACGAUUAUAAACUGCGAUGGGAUCCGAGAAUGUUUGGUGGUAUCAGAGACGUACGAUUUGCCGGUGAACAGGAUGCACCAUUCAAGUUAUGGCGACCAGAUGUACUGUUAUUUAACAGUGUAUCAGAGGCAUUCGAUUCCACAUAUUCAUCUCGUUUUAUCGUCAACUACGAUGGCGAAAUUCAACAAAAUCCUCCUGGCAUUUUUAGAUUCAUAUGUAAAGUUGAUGUCACUUAUUAUCCAUUCGAUACGCAGAUGUGUUUUUUGAAGUUGGGGAGUUGGACUUAUAGUGGUCGAUAUAUUAACCUGGAUUUUAUGCUCACACAAAUUACAGGUAAGUUCACAGCAAAACCUACUAAAAUGCCAAAUUACAGCUACAAACUCAAUGAAUCGAUCGAUUUACAAGUAUAUCUACAAAAUGGCGAAUGGGAUUUGAUAAGUACUCCUGGAACACGAGUGGUUACCGUGUUCGGUGAGGAGUCCUACCACGAGCUUUAUUACUAUAUCCACAUCCGAAGGCGAACGCUGGCUUAUGGUAUCAAUCUGAUAAUUCCUUCGUUGGUGAUAUCGAUGAUGACAGUGCUGGGAUUCACACUGCCACCAGAUGCAUGCGAAAAGAUUACCUUGGAAACAACCGUGCUGUUGUCGGUGAUUUUCUUCCUACAAAUGGUAUCCAAUAUGAGUCCACCGCAAUCGAAAUCCGUUCCAAUACUUGCCGCAUUCUUCUCAUGUUGUCUGAUGGUGGUAGCAUGCUCCUGCGUGUUCACCGUACUCACAAUCUGCCUUCAUCGUAGAAAAGCUGAAACACACGAAAUGAGUCCACUGAUGCGCCGUGUCUUUGUCGAAUGGCUACCAUACAUUCUUAUGAUGCGGACACCGGAUCACCCAAGAGCCCCGAAACCAAAGGUAAUUGACAAAACUAUUCUACCCGUUCAUCGACUAAGCACUUUGCCAAUUCUUAGUCUACCUCGACCAUCCACUGUUAACACUGUAAUACAGCGAACUUCAUCCAAAAAAUCUGGCAAGUUUGAAUCAAGUAGUCUUAAAGGCAGUGAUAUCUACGCUCAUGAGAAAAUUACUUCCGAAUGGCGAUUUGCUGCGAUGGCAGUGGAUCGGAUGUGUCUUUAUCUGUUUUCCAUAUUCAUUGCCGUUUCCACUUGCGGUAUCAUUAUGCCACACAUUAUCAUGUAA